AGAAAAAAAAAAAAAAUUCUAUCUUUAUUACUUUUGUUGGUGAGAGUCUAGCAUCUCAGCUUGGAAAUGGCACAGGUUGCCUUUCUUCCUCGGAUAAUUGUCUCCGCAGACACAAGUAAAGCUCCAUUAAAGCCACUGAGAAGAGCCCAGAGGCAUAGGACUUCCAUUUCAACCAAUAAAAGAGUUCCUCGCAGUCCUUUGCAAAGAACCCUGAAGUUCAACGAUGAGGUUUCUCCUCACAGAGCUGUGUCAGCUGUGAGGUUGAUGAGAAUAGAGCUAGGUAGUGCAUUUGCUGACCGCUUGAAUAAAAAAGGGAAAGGCUCUGGUGAUAAUGAAAUGGGAUAUGUUGAAAGAACUCUUGGUUUUCGCACAAAAGAAUUAGACAAUCGAGAUCUUAGAUUGGUCACAGAUGUUGUUGGGGGUACAAUUCGUUGGAGGAGAUAUCUUGAUCAUAUAAUUUGUUCACUGUGCCAUGAAGAGAGUACAUUUAGAGGCAUGGAACCUCUACUUUUGCAGAUUCUAAGAAUUGGUGUCUAUGAGAUUGUCAAGCUAGAGAUGCCAGCAUAUGCUGUGGUAUAUGAGAAUGUGACACUUGCUAAGGUUGCUCUAAGACCUGGUGCCGGUGAUCUGGUCAAUGGGAUUCUGCGAAGGCUAGUGGUACUUAAGGAAAAAAAUUCUCUUCCUCUACCAAAAUUGGAAGGUGAUGAUCGUGCCCAAGCACGUGCUCUAGCCACUCUUUAUUCUCAUCCUGUUUGGAUGGUAAGGCGAUGGACAAAGUACCUUGGGCAAGAGGAAGCAAUUAAAUUGAUGGAGUGGAACAACAAUGAUCCCGGUUUUAGCUUGAGAGCAAAUGUUGGAAGAGGUGUUACAAGAGCUGACCUUGUGAAGCAGCUUAAUUUGUUGAAGGUGCCACAUGAGCUUUCAUUGCACUUGGAUGAUUUCAUCCGCAUGAAAACUGGAUUGCAAACUGUUAUACAAGCGGGAUUACUGAAACAAGGUUUAUGCGCAGUCCAAGAUGAGAGUGCAGGUCUGGUAGUUUCUGUUGUGGAUGCUCAACCGGGUGAGAGGAUUGUUGACUGCUGUGCUGCUCCUGGAGGAAAAACAGUUUAUAUGGCAUCCCGUAUGAGUGGCCAAGGCAUGCUAUACGCAAUUGACAUUAACAAAGGACGUUUGAGAAUCCUCAGAGACACAGCCAUGUUGCACCAAGUUAGUAGUGUCAUCACAACCGUCCACAGUGAUCUUCGUAUUUUUGCAGACUAUAAGUCGGAUGAGUAUGACAAAGUUCUAUUGGAUGCUCCUUGUUCUGGACUUGGUGUCCUCUCAAAGAGGGCGGACUUGCGUUGGAAAAAGAGCUUGGAAGAUUUCGAAGAACUUAAAAAUCUGCAGGAUGAGCUCCUUGAUGCAGCUUCUUCACUAGUAAAGCCCGGUGGAGUUCUAAUCUACAGUACCUGCUCCAUAGACCCUGAAGAGAAUGAAGAAAGGGUGGACUCAUUUCUCCACCGGCAUCCGGAAUUCAGCAUUGACCCUGUUGGUAGAUUUGUUCCACCCGAUUUUGUAUCAAAACGCGGUUUCUAUUUCUCCGACCCAGUGAAACAUUCACUAGAUGGUGCCUUUGCUGCACGUCUAGUUCGAGCUGCAUAAAGACAUAACACAAAUUUUGUGGUAAGCUGCUUGACUGAGAAGUCUCUACAUGGUUCUGCACACCAGUUCUGGAAACAUAACCAAGAGAUGAAGGCGGUGCAGCCUCAACCAACCAGCUUUCCAUUAACAUUGGCAUGCCGGCUGGUGACAUCGAACAAGUAACAACCACUCAAGGAAGCUAUAAACUAUACAUCGUGAUCAUUGUCAUCCGAAAAACACAUGCACACAGAAGUUAACGGCAUUUGCAGCAUGGGUUCCUCAAGUUAUGAAACUGCAAAAUGUUCAUUGUUCUUUUCAAUCUGGAGAUUGCAUUUUGCCUUUAGUGGUAACAUUGCAUCAGCAUACAUGCCAAUAAUUUAGAGUCAAUCAACUAACAAGAUAUAUUUAUCAUUCUAUUCUAAUCAAAAUCUUUUUGUUCA